AUCCGGGACGUGCAACAAGAAAAAAAGUAUCUAGAGACCAUCUCGGCUUGGAAGAGAAAAGUAACUCGGCGCACAGCGAAUUCGAAUCGACAACCUGUUUGCUCGCCCAUAAAUUCGCCCCGGCAUUUAUCCCACAAUUAUUUCUGCACUGACGUAAGAAGGAGCACUUCCACCAUUCCACCGCAACUGCAGCAAACCACGUCGACGCAGCAGCAGACGCAGCAGGCGCAGUUGCACUUGCAGCCCCACAAAACGGUCAUUCUGCCCAGGAGCGGAUCCGGUUGCCCGGUGCCAGCAGGAGGAGGAGGAGGAGUGCGGAGCGGAUCGGGGAGAGGAUCGAGGAGCAGGAGCCCCACCCCCAGCACCUCCAUCAUGGAGCCCUAUUGGAACGAAUCCAACGGCCACGCCGCCCAUCCGGUCAAGUAUGAGAGCGAAGCAGCUGUCUCCAGUUUUCCUUAUUGCACAGAAUCUAGCUUAAAUUUUUCAACAUCAGCCACGGCAUACAGCGAGGACGAUGCUGAAUAUGCCACCGGAAGACGUAAUAAGACAUCGAGGCAAGACCCUCUAUCCCAUCGAAUUAUCGAGAAACGGAGGCGCGAUCGCAUGAACUCCUGCCUGGCGGACCUGUCCCGCCUCAUCCCGCCGCAGUACCAGCGAAAGGGGCGUGGCCGGAUCGAGAAGACGGAGAUUAUCGAGAUGGCCAUCCGUCACCUGAAGCACCUGCAGAGCGAGUGCCAGCAGAAGGAGAGCGACUACCGCAGCGGCUACAUGGACUGCAUGAAGGAGGCGGCCAAGUUCCUGUACGACGUCCACAUGCAGGACUUUUGCCACCGCCUAUUGGGUCGCCUGCAGGAGCACAUCGACGAGAUGUUCAAGACGGACUGCUACAAGUCGACGCGCAGCUGCCACAUGCCGGAUAAUGUGAGCGCCUCCAGCGGCAGUCCCCACCAGGCGUACCACCCACCUCUGUGCCACCUGCGCGACAUGCUGGCCACCUCGGCCUCGGAUGUGGAGCACAGUCAGGAUCACAACGAUGUCAAGGAUCUGAGUUUCCGCAACCAUCUCAACCAGUUGCAAAGAAGUCAGCAGGCAGCUGCAGCGGCAGCAGCAGCAGCAGCCGCAGCAGCAGCAGCAGUUGCAGUCGCCAAUGGCACUUCGCCGGCGUCCAACGCUGGCGUGGAUUCCAAGGUCCCGUUGACCAAUGGUGGCGGCAAUGGUGGAGCAGCUCCAGCGGGCGACAAUGUGCCCAGUAAUUCCACCGGAAAUGGAGCAGCAACUGGGGGAAAUAGCAGCAACAGCAGUGGCAGCAACAGCAGCAAUGCGGCCAGCUCAACCACCUGUCCGCCGGCCGGAGGAGCGUGUGCCUCCAAGAUCACGCCCCUGGCCGCCCACCAGCAGCCCCACCAGGCGCCAGUGAUCACUUCGACGGCCCCGCAUCAUCAUCAUCACCACCACAACACGGACAGCAGUCACCACGACUUCGAGUCGUCGAGGGAGCCGAUGCUGCACACCGAUACCUCCAACAUGCACUCGCCACCGCCCAGGGAUCUGCUCCUGCAGCAGCAUCCCCACCUGGCCCACAGCCACCACACGCAGGACAGCCUGAUGUCCGUGAGGAUGCGCAACUAUUCAGAGUCCUCGCACGAGGUGGAGCACAACAACAACUACAAGUACAAGAAUCACAUCAAGGAGCGGUUCGUCCACGAGCUCCACGACGAGGAGACGAGCAGCGAACACUGUCCGGUGGCAGCCCAUCUGCAGAGCGAUCACUCCCACUUGCAGGCCUUGUCGGAGCACUCGAAGGAUGGCACCGAACCGGAAAUAGCCCCCAUUAUGGCCAAGAAGCGGAAAAUGGCCGAGGCGGCGGCGAAUGGGGAGAUUCCACUGGAGGUUCACACCGAAUCGAGUAACACCGCCAGUCGACUGGACAAACCCUCGCCCUCGUUCAAUUUCAGCGACAUCAAGGACAUCAAGGCGGAACUGCACAAUGGCAACUCCAACAAUUCCAGUCCACUGCUGGCCAAAUUGAGUGCGGCUGCGGCUGCCGGUGGCCAGUUGAGUACUCCGAGCAGCACCACCGCUCCACUGCCGCCGCGGCACUCGUUUACGGUGCCCAUAUUCGCGCUCCACGGCCAGGGCAACUAUUAUGUGCCCCUGAAUGUGGACUACAAUGCACUGGUGCCGUUCCUCAACGGGAUGGAUCUGCUGGAGAAGAGCUACACCAGUAUGCCCGUGGUGCAUCCCAUCAAUAUCAAUGUAAACUUUAUGCCCAGUUCACCGUCGGCUUCGCUUUUGGCCGCCGCUGCAGCAGCUGCCGUGGCCGUUGGCAAGCAGCAGCAACAACAACAACAGGGUGUCGUGGCUGUCGGAGCGGGACUUCCCCUGUCCACCAACUCGGCAGCGGCCCAGGCAGCCAGCUUGGCGGCAGUGGCCAAGGCCAAGUUGGAGCAGGCAAUGAACCAGAGUUGGUAAAAUAAAAAAGCAUAAUCGGGCGACGACGGGUCGACAGAUGGAACAACUCUACCUCAGUACUUCUGUGAAUAAUCAUCAAAUGAUUAAUCUCAAAACAAAAACACUAAGCGACAUCUGCGCCCAAUUAUAUCUACAAAAAGAAAAACAAAAAGAAAAUGGCAAGGGAGAAGUAAAGAGCGAAUUCAUUGGGGGUGCUUCUAAAAUCUCUGAGGGAUUAAACCAAAGCUAAGGUGUCUAAUAUUUCAUUUUUGAGCCAAGGAAUUCAUUUUUGAAAGGCUAUUAGAAACAGAACUAUAUAAAAAGUAGACAGGAUUUUGUAAUACACUUAAAUACAUUAUCUUCCAACAAAAUUUAUGUUUUCAAAAGAUUUUGUAUUUAAGUUACCAGAAUUAUAACCAUAAAAAAAUUGAA